UAAUUAACUCUAGAGCCUUUCUAGUGCGUUCAUAAAUCGAAAAAAUCAGUAAACUCAAAAAUUUUUUUCGACAAUCAGUAUUAUUAGUUCCCGCCUCCUGGCGCUAAAUGGCUACAGUGUUUUAUGCUCCGUGAAACGUUUAUUAGUCUAUUUUGUAUAAAAUUACUUGUUGUUGCAGAGAGAUGUGCACAAAUAAUUUAAGAAAUAUAAAAUAUUGUAUUCUUUCCAAAACAACAUAUACAACAUAAAAAAAUAGUAUACUUCUUUUGAUAAACUUAGUUGAGUUCUGUUUACUCGAUCGAAAGCUGUCAAUGACAGCUGAUUGGUACUGUGAUUGAAUAAUUCUAAAAUAAAAAUGCCGAAAGUAGUCUCAAGAAGUAUAAUCUGUUCGGAUACUAAGGAUCAAGAAGAAUACAGCGAAGAAAAACCAUUGCACAUUUAUUAUUGCUUAUGUGGGCAAAUGACAUUGAUUUUAGAUUGUGCUAUAGAAAAGUUACCUUUGAGAAAAAGAGAUGGUGCACGUGUCAUUGAUGGAAGUAAACAUGCCCACAAGAUGACUUGCGAACAAGAUGAAGUCGUAUACUUAAAACGCGCCGAAGGCAUAGAAAAACAGUAUCGUCAGAAAUGUAAAAAAUGCGGCUUGUUUUUGUAUUACAAACAUGAUCAAGGAACAAAUAUUGUAUUUAUAGUAAAAGGUGCAGUAAUUAAAAGUUCUGGUGAAGGUCCAAUGACAGAUAUAUACAACCAAGUUGCUAUCGAAAAACCCAAGAAGAUAAUGGUAACAAAACAUACCAAGAAUAUGGGAAAAUUCAGUUCUGUUACUGUCUCUACAAUUGAUGAAGAAGAAGAUGAAAUUGAAGCGAGAGAAGUUGCUGAUUCAUACGCUAAUAAUGCGAGGAUAAUAGAGAAACAGUUAGAAAGAAAAGGAAUGAAUAAACGAAAAGCUAUGCCCCCUCCUGAAGCGGAUCCAAAAAGGACAAGACCCAGAGGAACGUUAUUGGAUGUGUAAAUAUCGAUUGUAUUAUUGUCGUGUAUAUAAAUUAAAUUUUAUAUAAAAAACAGUAAAAAAAUAAAUAUUGUAUAAAUCUUU